AUGAGGAAAUUGAUUUUAUCUCUGACAGUUUUGGGAUUUAUAUCCUUAGCUGUGGGACAUAGUAAUCAACCUUGGGAGCAGCCCACUGCUCCAGUGAAAAAGGUAGUGGCGGUUCCUGUCCCAGUGCCAGUUCCUGUUCCCGUGCCUAGUCUUGGCGGUGGCAAGGAUGGCGGAGGAGGAGGAGGUGGUGGAGGUAGUGGAGGUGGUGGUGGAGGAGGCGGUGGAGUUAGCGGAGGAGGUACUUGUCCCCGACCAUCUGCUGAGGCCCUAAGGUGCCUCCGGGAGUGGGCCUGUCAGUAUGUCAUCCGCCUGGAUCUGCGCUGCCUGCUCACCUUAAAUGGCAACCCAUUGCUGGGCAAUCUCAUUUCCCUACCCGGCAUCACAGGAGGAGGCGCUGGUGGCAAUGGCGGCGGUGGCAUCUUGGGCAAUCUGCUGGGUUAG